UUCUGAUGAGAUAGAAAAAAAAAUUCUUCAAGGUGAAGUGAUCUAACAUCAGAGCAGGGCUGGAAAGUUGUGGGAUUCCCAUCUCUGGAGGUAUUGAACACAUGACUGGACAAGGCCUGGGGCAAUCUGAGCUCCCUUUGAAGCUUGUCAUGCUUUGAGCUGCCUUUGAAGCUCGCCUUGCUUUGAACAGGCCCAGAAGUAACUGGGGCCUGUGAUAUCAAUAGCCUUCCAUUUACAAAGCCCUUUGACAUAUCAUGGAUGUUUGACUGCUUAAAUGUGCUUAAUAUAUCUUUUAUCCAUUAUUACAGAAAUCCAUUUUGGUACAAAAUAAAAUUCUGCCUAUGUUAUUAAGGGAUUAAAAAAACAAACAAACCACGAACUCAAUAUUCUUUGAUUUUGUUAAAAUGCAUUUGCUUGGAUUUUUUUUUCAAAUUUUAGGAAGAAAAGAAAAUUCUCUUCUAUCAUCCAAAUGAAGUAGAAAAGAAUGAAAAAAUUAGAAAUGUGGGGCUGUGUGAAGCUAUAGUGCAGUUCACAAGGACCUUUAGCCCAACAAAACCUGCAAAAUCCCUACAUACACAGAAGAAUAGACAGUUUUUCCAUGAACCUGAAGAAAACUUUUGGAUGGUCAUGGUUGUACGGAAUCCCAUCAUAGAGAAACACAAAGAUGGAAAGCCAGUCUAUGAAUAUCAGGAAGAAGAAUUGCUGGACAAGGUUUACAGUUCAGUCCUCCAGCAGUGCUACAGCAUGUACAAGCUUUUCAAUGGCACAUUCCUGAGAGCCAUGGAAGAUGGGGGUGUGAAAGUGCUAAAGGAGAGACUAGAGAAAUUCUUCCAUCGGUACUUGCAGACACUGCACUUACAGUCUUGUGAUCUGCUGGAUGUGUUUUGUGGAAUCAGCUUCUUUCCACUGGAUAAAAUGACUUACUUGAAAAUCCAGUCAUUUAUAAACAGGAUGGAAGAGAGCCUGAAUAUAGUCAAGUACACUGCAUUUCUCUACAAUGACCAGCUUAUCUGGAGUGGACUGGAGCAAGAUGACAUGAGAAUUUUGUACAAAUAUCUCACGACAUCUCUGUUUCCAAGGCACAUGGAGCCUGAGUUAGCAGGAAGAGAUUCUCCAAUACGUGCGGAAAUGCCAGGAAAUCUCCAACACUAUGGAAGGUUUCUUACUGGACCUUUAAAUCUGAAUGAUCCAGAAACAAAAUGCCGUUUCCCCAAAAUAUUUGUGAACACUGAUGACACUUACGAAGAGCUUCACUUAAUUGUUUAUAAGGCAAUGAGUGCAGCUGUCUGCUUUAUGAUUGAUGCUUCAAUUCCACCCACACUGGAGUUCUGCAGAAAACUGGACAGCAUUGUUGGGCCUCAGCUCACGGUGUUGGCAUCAGACAUAUGUGAGCAAUACAACAUCAACAAGAGAAUAUCAGGGGCUGAGAAGGAACCUCAGUUUAAGUUUAUCUAUUUCAAUCACAUGAACCUGGCAGAGAAAAGCACCAUUCACAUGAGGAAAACCCCCAGUGUGUCACUUGCAUCUGUUCACCCUGACCUCAUGAAGAUUCUCGGUGACAUCAACAGUGACUUCUCCAGAGUUGAUGAAGACGAGGAAAUUAUUGUGAAGGCAAUGAGUGAUUACUGGGUAGUUGGGAAAAAGUCUGACCAGCGAGAACUGUAUGUUAUUUUGAAUCAAAAAAAUGUAAAUCUGAUUGAAGUUAAUGAAGAAGUGAAGAAACUUUGUGCAACACAGUUUAAUAAUAUUUUCUUCUUGGAUUGAUCUGCAAAGGGCUGAUUUAUUGAAGAUGUCAAUGUCAGGCACUUGUUCAACAUGAGAAGUUAUUAGUCAUAUUAUUGACUGGAAUAAUGACAAUAGUAAAGCAAUACUUGCUUUGUAAGAAUCAAAAUUUCUACUAAAAUCUGUAAACUCUGACCAUAAAAUUUUUAAAUUUUAAAAAUGUUUAUGUCCAAACUAAUUAAAAACCAGUCUGAACUCAUCUGUACCAUUCCAUUCUGAUAUGUUAUGUGAAUAUUUUGCUGAAAAAUAAAACUAAUAAUUGU